UCCAGUGAGCUGAUACCUGCUGGCCCCUCUGACAUUAUUAUUGAACCCCUUGCAGCUUGCUAGAUGUUCUAGCGUCUUUGGCCAACAGAGCUAACUCUAAUUUGAAAAGCAGAACCCACAUGUUUCCUGUAAAUGCUGAAACCACAAACACUUUUUUUGUAUUAGAUGUUCCCCUUCAAAGAAUGCAGGCAGUCCUCAAGGGGGGUUAAUUUCUUCGUCUGCAGCCAGAGAGGUAUCACGGAUCUCAAGAUGCCAUGCGACUUCAAUGGAACUCUGCUGGGCAGCGUGCUCCCUCCUCUGUUGAUAACAGAGUUUGUUCUUGGAGUCCUCGGCAAUGGUUUGGCUCUCUGGAUCUUCUGCUUCCACCUGAAGCCCUGGAAGAGCAGCACGGUGUUACUCUUCAACCUGGCGAUGGCUGACUUUCUGCUCAGUUUGGCUUUGCCUUUCCGUGCCAGCUACUACAUCUCUGGGAUCAUGUGGAUGUUUGGAGACCCUUUCUGCAACUUCUGCCUCUUCAUGUUGGCAAUGAACCGCAGUGGAAGUGCCUUCUUCUUGAUGGCUAUCGCUCUGGACAGGUACAUGCGUGUGGUGCAUCCUCAUCAUCCCAUCAACUACUUGAGUGUCUCCAAAGCCGUAUGCGGAGCAUUUGCACUGUGGUUGCUCACCGUUUCUAUGACUGCUCAUGUCUUCACUUUGGAACACAACAACACGGAUAAGUGUGAGAGCUUCAAGAUUAAGGCUGCAUCUGACUACAGUCUCACCUGGCAUAAAUUUGCGUUUCUGUUUUCCUUCUAUAUGCCUCUGCUUGUGAUGGUCUUCUGCACAGUGCGCAUUAUUAGCCAUCUGAGAGGGAGACAGCUGGCACAGAAUCCAAAGAUCAAGAAGGCUCUGUGCUUCGUCACAGUGGUGUUGGUGCUCUUUAUUAUUUGCUUCCUCCCAAGCAACAUCAUACAGCUGCUGAUUUGGAUCAAGACCCAACAGGUAGCCAAGACCCUCCCUGAAUCUGAAAUCUGUCCAACAAUGGAGUACCUGACCUCCGCAUUUUACAUCACCAUCAGCAUGACCUAUCUCAACACCGUGUUGGAUCCUGUGGUCUACUACUUCUCCAGCUCUGUCUUCAAGAACUUCUGCAGGAAAGCUCUUCAUCUGCCCCAAUCAGCUCUUGCUGAAAGUACAGAGAGGAAAACCCGAGAAACAGGCUCCCAGACGCUCAGCCAGCUUUGAUCAAAAAGUCACAGUCAAGCAUGAGAGUGCAGCUCGGUAGCUAUAAAUCUGAUCAAAAGAGACACAUUUCUCUUAAAGGUCUCAUGUAAGUGCUACAGCGUUGUUAUAUUUACUUCUCAUAUACAGUAGUUAUCCAGUGUAUAUUAACUGCACUUUUUAAAAUAAUCCUGGUAAUUGCUUUUGCAAAACAUAUGUAAUUGUAAAGUUGUGAAAUAUUUUGUUAAAAGAUGUUAUUUUUACUUCUCUUUAUAUUAACUGCACCUUUCUAAAUAUUGCUUUUGCAAAAACAUAUUAUUGCAUAAGUGAAAUGAUUUAUGUACUUAAUAUUUACACCAAGCUACACCUUAAAAACAUCUGCUGUGUUGUUGUUAUUGAAGUCCAGGACAUUAAUCACUUUUUUUCGUACUUAUGACUUUAUGUACAAAUUAUUACCUUGUAACUAUAAAUAUAAUCAAAACAAAAUAUCUCCUUGUUUCUUACAUUUGCAGUAAAAAACAAUACAUGCGAAUGGUGAGAAUGUUUAUCUGAAAAUUGGAUGUUGUCUUCUUUUAUGUGGCUUGUGGGUUAGAGAAACCAUUUUUCUUAGUUAGCGGACGUCCACCUGUUGGAUCACAG